GACUACACGGUGCUUCGUCCGACGAUGAUACAGUUUCUACGGGCGUAGAGUUAUCAAACCCGCCUGUAUAAUAUUAACGACGAAACAACCAGUCUGUUACUAUAUCAACAACUGCGACGACACGACUUCGUCCCUGGGGCUUAGCUACCGAAGUUUUUUCUAUAAUCUUAAUUACAAGUGUAUUCGUGCAUCACAUAUCGAUUAUAGUCCGCACAGAGUCUAUCGCGUUAUGUUCAUUACGACGCUUGCAGGUUAAGAUUCGUGCGUUACAUCUUUCUCUUUGCGUUACCCACACACAUGCCAUACAGCGAUCCCUGGUGAAGCCGCCGCGUCGUCACCUGCGACCUGACCCCGAGUAGCUGCCAAAGUAGCUCCUCGAUUAAUCCCCCGUGCAAUGAUGGAGAUGGAAGGAGCCGCUGCCACGGCGGCCGAGGUGCAGCAGCAACAGCAACAGCAACCCUCGCCCUGUGCACCCGGUACCCCCAAUGCCUCCGCGACAUCCCAGGAUCCCAUGGAGAUGCAAGCGAUGGAUGGAGCCAUGCCCGGCCCUGAGGACGGCAUGCCCAUGGACGAGGCCGAUGAUUACUACUACGACGAGGAGGAUUACAGACACUAUGCUCACCGUGGUAGAGGAGGCUUCAGGGGCAGAGGUCGAGGAGGUUUUGAUUUUCCACAAAGAGGUGGACCACCUAGGUUUCGAGGCAGAGGUUUUGGACCAAGAGGCGGCCCAAUGUAUAGGAGUGGUAAUAAUGGAUACUACGAUGGACCACCCCCACCACGUCCGCCAAACUGCCCACCUGGAGCACAAGGACCUAGGUAUAGAGGACCACCACCAUUUGACCCAAGUUGGGGACCAAUGGGCCCUCCUCCAAAUAUGAUGGGACCACCAAACAUGAUGGGACACCCACCUGGAGGAAUGCCACCACAUAUGAUGAAUGGACCUGGCAGUGGUCCUGGACCUUAUGGACCUCCUGGACAAGGAAUGGGGCCUCCUAACAUGAAUAAUAUUCCAGGUCAAGCGCAACAGCAACAGUCACAGCAGCAGCAGCAGCAACAACAGCAGCAACAACAACAACAGCAGCAGCAAAAUAACAUUCCAGGUCUUGAUCUCAACGGUGAGGUAUGGGUAGAAACAAAAACACAGGAUGGAAAAUCCUAUUUUUAUAAUAUUAGAACUCGUGACACAACAUGGACAAAACCAGAAGGACCAAACGUUAAGGUCAUGGUACAAGAUCAGCUUGAGCAAUUAGUGCAUGGACAAUCAAAACAACCAACUACCGGGUCCAAUGCAUUGGCUACUCAGCAAACUCAGCAAACAUCUGAAGUUCAACCAGAAGUACAACAAUCUCAGCAAGAGGAACAACCACAAACUACUGAAACUAAGGAAGAGUCUAAUGCUGAAGAAAGUGCAGAGGUAAGGACCCAGCAGGAAGAGGAAGAGAACUCAUCAACACCUAAUGCCACUGAAACAGAGUCAAGUCAAGUAAGUACAGCAACUCAAGGUACUGGUACCCCUACUGACCCUGCACCAGGGUCAACAGAGCCUAUGGAUACAACAAAUUCUUCGUCUGAUGCAGCUAACCAGCAGACAGCUCAGGCUCAACCUAUCAACGGUACUAGCGUUCCCGUGGCUUCAGUGGCAUCAGCUACACCGAUCGUCGCUACUCCUGCUAUGAAUGCAAAUCCAAUGAUGCAAGCUCCACCAAUGAUGCAAAUGCCACAUAGAAUGCCAACACAAUUUGGAGGUAUGCCUCCUUUUGGAGGUCCCCCUGGUACCCCAUUUGGUAUGCCUCCACCUUUCCAACCGUUUGGAUCUGGAUAUGGACCUCCUCAAAAUCCUUGGGGCAUGCCACAAAUGCACCCAAUGCAACAACAAAUGGCACCAUCCCAAUCUAUUCCUGGUGAAGAUCCAAACGUCAUAUCGCAGCUAGAUCCUGAACUAGUGGCUGCUGCGAUGUUAUGGACUGAACACCGAGCACCAGACGGCCGUUGUUACUAUUACAACAGUAAAGCUGGCGAAUCUGUAUGGGAAAAACCUCAAGUUUUGAGAGAUUUCGAAAAUGCCAAAGCAGCAUUUAUUCGGCAAAGAGAAGAAUCUUCGGCAAAUGCUAAUUCUUUAGUUAUGAUGAAUUCCUCUGCAGAUCUAAGUUUAACUUCUAUUAAUGAUAACCCAGGUUCCAAAAUGAAUUCGGAUUCUAAAAUUAAUAAUUCUAUCGAAGUUAAUGACUCCGACAUGACAGAAGCUGAAUCCAAAGCCAAAAAAGAAGAGCUUUUAAAAGAACAAUCCAAACCUCAAGAUAAAUCGAAACCUGUUUCCAGUACCCCAGUACCAGGAACUCCAUGGUGUGUAGUAUGGACGGGAGAUAAUCGUGUUUUUUACUAUAACCCAUCAUCUAGAACUUCAGUUUGGGAGAGACCAGAUGAACUUUUUAAUAGAAUUGACGUAGAUAAAAUGGUUGCUGGCCCACCAGAAACUCCUGGCAAUGCUGCAACAAAAAAUGAAAUAAGACGCAUUGAUGAUAGUAGCGGUGUUAGCAGCGACGAUGAAGACUGCAAACCAACUGACGCUAAAAAAGCAAAAUUGGACGACUCUAAAGUUGUUCCAGUUAAGACGGAAACAAGUGCAAAAGAAGUAAAAACUUCAAUAGAUAAAGGCAAAGAUGCCGCAAUUGAAGCUGAAGUUAGAGCCGCUCGAGAACGAGCCAUUGUUCCUUUAGAAACUAGGAUAAAAUCUUUUAAAGCGAUGUUGACAGAAAAAGAGGUUUCAGCGUUCAGUACAUGGGAAAAAGAAUUACAUAAAAUUGUUUUCGAUAGUAGAUAUCUUUUGUUGACUUCUAAAGAGCGAAAGCAAGUAUUUGAAAAAUAUGUGAAAGAGCGAGCCGAAGAAGAAAGGCGAGAAAAAAGGAAUAAAAUGAAGGAGCGUAAAGAACAAUUUCAAAAAUUAUUAGAGGAAGCCAAUCUUCAUGGAAAAUCAUCCUUCAGUGACUUCGCUCAGAAACAUGGACGCGAUGAAAGAUUCAAAAAUGUUGAAAAAAUGCGUGAACGAGAGAGUCUUUUCAAUGAGUAUCUGUUGGAGGUUCGAAAACGUGAAAAAGAAGAAAAAGCAACUAAACGCGAACAGGUCAAAAAGGACUUCAUCGCGAUGCUGCGUGAACACAAAGACAUUGAUCAUCAUUCUCAUUGGGCAGAUUGGCGCAAACGACUCGAAUCGGACUAUCGUUACCGUUCCGUCGAUUCUAUGAACGCUAGAGAAGACUAUUUUCGAGAUUAUGUACGAGAUUUGAAGGAAGAGCGUCGUCGCGAAAAAGAAAAAGAGAAGGAGCGUGAAGAGCGUCACAGGGAAAAGAAAGAAAAAGAAAAGAAAGACAAAGAUAAGGACAAAGAUAAGGACAAGGAUAAGGAAAAAAAAGAAAAAAAGGAGAAGAAUAAAAAGGAUAAAAAAGAUAAAGACAAGGAUAAGGAAGAAAAGAAAGACAAAGAGAAAAAACACAAAGAUAAAGAUAAGAACGAUGUGGGAGAAGAAAAAGAAAGUGGAGAGAUCGAAGACACAGACGAUAAUCACAAAGAUUCUGCCAAAGAAGAUAAUGACGACACUGAUCAACACGAGGAAGAUGAAAAAGAAAAUGACGACGAUUCCGAUUCAGUGGCCGCAGCCGCCGCCGAAGAAGAAGACCGCAAACGUGAACGUGAACGACGUGCCGAAGCAAGUCUUCGCGAACGCGAACGUGAAGUCCAAAGAACUUUGGCCACACAUCUUCGAGAUCGUGAUAAGGAACGUCAACAUCAUCGACAUACUGAAGCAGUGCAGCAUUUCAAUGCUCUAUUGGCCGAUCUCGUCAGAAAUGGCGAUUUAUCAUGGCGGGAGGCUAAGAGACAAUUGCGAAAGGAUCACAGAUGGGAACUGGUUGAUUCGCUUGACCGAGAGGAAAGAGAAAAAUUGUUCAACGAGCACGUUGAACAGUUGGGACGCAAAAAGCGAGAUAAAUUCCGCGAACUUUUAGAUGAGGUUGGAGCAUCCACAGAUUUAAAUGCUGCUUGGAAAGACGUUAAAAAAUUGCUAAAAGAGGAUCCUCGAUACAUAAAAUUCUCAUCUAGUGAUAGGAAAUGUGAGAAAGAAUUCAAAGAAUACAUUAAGGAUAAAUUGGUCGCAGCUAAGGCAGAUUUCAGAGAGUUACUGCAAGAAACAAAAUUAAUAACGGAUAAAACGCUAAAAAAAGUCCAAGACAAUAAUGCCCACUUGCAAGAAAUAGAAGAUAUCUUGAAAAAUGAUAAAAGAUUCUUAGUGCUGGAACCUGCAGCAUCGGAAAGGUCGCGAUUGCUAAUGGCGUAUUUAGAAGAGUUGGCGCGAAGAGGACCACCUCCGCCUCCAACUGCUUCUGAGCCAACGCGGCGACCUGCCGUAAAUUAAUCAAAUUUCAAUGUUACUAAUACAACACGAGGCGUUCUGAACACAAGAGUUGCUGGACCGCACUGACUUAUAGAUUGUUGAAACGUUCAUCGCUGUUGUUUAGACAUGCAUGUAUGAUUGUCUCCAUAAAUAUGUGAAUUAACUAUUAAAAAAAGUGUAUAUAUUUAUUAUCAAAGUAAAAGUUUGUUAACUUUUAUAAUUGUGCGCACUUGUGUAGGUUUAGCUUCAAUUUUUUUGCUACUUUAUGAAAGUAAUAAUUUAAAGUUUUGAUAUUUGAGAGUCACCAUAAAUAAAGUAUGAUAUGAAAAUCAUUCUGUACUCAGAUGUAUAGCUAAUAAAAUGAACAAAAAUACGUUAUUCUACAACAUUUUAAA